GUAUCCACGAACGGGCUCAGCACGGUGGCCGCCAACAAGCUGGACACCUGGAUCAUGGAGGCCCUGCAGCCCAGCACGGAUUUCUGCAAGCAGGUGAAGCAGACGGUGAAGCAGAUCUGUGACUUCCUGAAGGAGAACUGCUUUGAGUCCAACAUCCGUGUCCACAAGACCGUCAAGGGCGGCUCGGCAGGCAAGGGCACAGCCCUGCAGAAAAACUCUGAUGCCGAUGUGGUGCUCUUCCUUAGCUGCUUCUCCAGCUACAAGGAGCAGAAGCAGGAGAGAAAGUAUAUCCUGGAUUUGAUCGAGAAGAGGCUGCAUGCCUGCAGGCAGAGCCUGAUGUUCACUGUGAAUGUCAGUGAGCCCCGGUACAAGGGUCCUGGCAACACGCCACGGUCCCUCAGCCUCACUCUCCACUCCAGGGAGACCUCGGAGUCCAUCGAGGUGGAUGUCCUGCCCGCCUACAAUGCUUUAGGGCAGGUGAAGCGGGACCUCCUGCUGGACCCGAGGGUGUAUGUGGAGGUGUAUGUGGAGCUCCUGAAUGCCAGCAGUGACCCUGGGGAGUUCUCCCCCUGCUUCACCGAGCUGCAGAAGAAGUUUGUGAAACGUCACCCCGCCAAGCUGAAGAACCUCCUGCGCCUUGUCAAGCACUGGUACAAGGAGCUGCUUAAGCCACAGUACCCCAAUGAGGACCUGCCCCCCAAGUAUGCCCUGGAGCUGCUGACCAUCUAUGCCUGGGAGGAGGGCACAGGCUCCUGUGACUCCUUUGUCAUGGCUGAGGGCUUCCGUACAGUGCUGGAGCUGCUGCGCCGGCACCAGGAGAUCUGCAUCUACUGGGAGACAUUCUACUCACUCCAGGACAACCAGACAAUCAGUGCCCAUGUCAAGAGGCUGCUGCGCAGUCCCCGCCCUAUCAUCCUGGACCCCGCCGACCCCACAGGGAUCCUGGGCCAAGGCAAGAAGUGGGACCUGGUGGCACGGGAAGCUGCCCGUCACCUUUCACUGCCCUGUGUCAAUACCGUCCGGCCCUGGAAUGUGCAGCCAGCUCGGCCCGUGAAGAUUGAGGUGAGGCAGCUGGUGGGCACCAGCCUGAGCAAGACCGUCAGCCCGGGCACCACCGUUUGGCAGCUGAAGGGGGAGAUCCAGCAGGCGUGGGACAUUCCCUGGUACAGGCAGCGCCUGGCGCAGCAGGAGCCAGGCACGGGCGCCCUCAUCCUGCAGGACGGCGAGACCCUGGCCAACCACGGCAUCUUCUACAACACCACGCUGACACUGCUGCAGACAGAGCCCCAGGCAAUGGAGGUCUUUGUGAAGGACGACAAAAGCCGGACCACCACCUACAUGGUGCUGCCCACUGACACCGUCCGGCAGCUUAAGGAGCAGAUCCACACUCGGCAGGGGCCCCACGCUGACCAGCAGCGUCUGACGUACGGCUCCAGGGAGCUGGAGGACCAGCACAUGCUGGCGCACUAUGACAUCCAGCCCAGGAGCACCAUCUUCAUGCUCCUGCGGCUCCGGGGGGGUGCAGGCCCCCAGCACCGCCCGUUCCCUGCCUGCUCACCCUUCUGGGUGUUGCCCCUGGCAUCCGCCUAUGCCCCU